AUGGAACAGGCCGUUCGCCAGGGUUUCAACCUGAACUGGUUGCAGCAGCUGAAGGAUCAGAUUCCAGGAGCUGUUGACGAACUGGCCAACGAUCCCACCCUCGCGGAGAACACGCCGGGCCUGAUCGACGAAUCGCCCAAUCAGACCCAACGCGUCCGGGGCGCGCUGCCUCGAGAGGGCUCGCCACAGUACGCUGCCUACACCUUCCGCGACAAGAGUGAAGUUUGGGGUUACAACCUUACCAAGCUCUACCAGGAGGCCGUUUCCCGACAGUGGUCAUCGGCUACCGACAUUCCCUGGGAAUCCCUGCGCCCGCUGCCCGACGAUGUUGAAGCAGCCCAAUGCCAAUUGGCAACCUUCUUCGCCCAGGUUGAAUUCGUGGCCGCCGAUGUCCCGGGACGCUUCAUCGCCCAGAUGUCCCCCGACUACCACGAAGUCCGCAUGUUCCUGCUGACCCAGGUGAUGGACGAAUCCCGCCACAUGGAGGUGUUCCGCAAGCGGGCGCUGGCCAACGGUGGCGGCCUGAUGCGGAUGAUCGAUUCGGUUAGUGAUGUUACCGGUGGCAGUACCGACAACGCCCGCGAGUUUACCGAAAUGUCCAGCCGGCUGCACAUUGUCGGCGAGGGCAACGUGCUCACGCUUUUCCGGCUUGGCGAGCUGAUGGCGUACAACGACGCUGAAAAGGCCAUCUACCGUCGCGCAGCGCAGGACGAGGCUCGUCACGUGGCGUUCGGCGUGCUGCACGCCCGUUACAUGAACGAAUGCGUCCCCGAGCGCCGCGACGAAAUGCACGCGUACCUGGAUGAGGCCGAAGACCGGCAGGCCACUGGCAACGGCGGCGAGAACCCCGCGGCCCGCGGCGCCAACCUCACGGCUGAUUCCCUGGCCAUUCUGCUGGGCGGCGGCGCCCACAAGGCCGACGAAGGGCAAAAGAUUCUGGCCGCCAUCCGGCAGCGCCAGGUCAAGGAAUACUUCCAGCGCCUCAAGUCCUGUGGCUUCAACGACCGUAUCGAAAACGGCCGAGUCAAUCCCGCCCUGCUCGAGGCUUACCAGGCGGUUCCCUAA